AUGCCCAUCACAAUUCUGCGUCCGCAGCCCGUGGCGCAACAACGGGCUGCCGCAGCCACAGACUCAGACUUUGACUCCUCAGACUCGGAAGGCGGCGUCGACGUACAGGGCGAUGUUUCCAUGCGCUCAGCCAAGCGCCAACGGACGAUAGUAGAAGACGACGCCGAGGCGGAUGAGAUUCUCACACCCGGCAGCCUCAUCACAUCAAACCCGCAAUUUAUGCGAGGUCACGGCACCUAUGUUCCCAAUGGGUCCACCUCCAUCACCUCGUCCCUCGCCGGCACGCUCACCAAGACCAACAAGCUGCUCUCGGUGCGGCCGCUGCGCGCGCGCUACACGCCCGAGAUUGGCGACCUGGUCGUCGGCCGCAUCGUCGAGGUGCAGGCCAAGCGGUGGCGCGUCGACGUUGCCGCCUCGCAGCUCGCCAUCCUGCAAAUCUCGGCCAUCAACCUCCCCGGCGGCAUCCUCCGCAAGCGCACCGAGACGGACGAGCUGCAGAUCCGCAGCUUCUUCUCCGAGGGCGACCUGGUCGUCGCCGAGGUGCAGCAGCUGCACCAGGACGGUGCCGCGAGCCUGCACACGCGCUCGCUCAAGUACGGCAAGCUGCGCAACGGCGUCUUUGUGAGCGUCAGCGGCACGGGCGGCGGCGCGGGCGUCGUGCGCGCCAAGCGCCAGGUGUGGACCAUGGACGCCGCGGGCGACGCCGGCGCCGCGCACAAGAUUGACGUGCUGCUCGGCGUCAACGGCUACAUCUGGAUCAGCAGGCACGUGGAGAGCGACGUGGCGGCCGAGGCGGCGGGUGUGAACCGCAUGGAGGAGACGGUCAGCAGCAAGGUGUACUCGAGCCAGAACGACGCCGUCGACGUGGCGACGAUGCGCGAGAUUGCGCGGCUGCGGAGCGUCAUCCUCGCGCUCGUCGAGAAUGGCCUGCGCGUCGACGAGGACACGGUGACGAGGGGCUACCACGAGGCCGUGGAGCUGGGCCGGGAGACGGCGGAUGACGACCUGUAUCUGGGCGGCGAGCGGGGGCGGCGGUUUGCGGCCGUCAUGGCGGGUGUAUAG